AUUGGCUCAACAAAAAUGGCGGUAUAAACAUAAGUUGAAUUAGAGACAGUGAAGCUUUUGUUUUUUACAAUGUGAAGCAAGAGCAUAAAUAGAAACCACAUGAACCCGGUACUGACUGUGGGGAAGAAGAAACGAGUGUACAGGUCGGUGUUUUCCCCAGAUUUUGAGUCCAGUGAAAACUCGUCCAGCUGUAGCAGUUACGAGAGUGCUCAUGUCAGCCCUGAGAAACAAAGUCCUGUCAAGAUGAAUACAAGUAAUGGGAUAGUAGAAAAGCAUGGAAAUUGUGCUAACAGCAGUUGUUCUUUGGAAAACCUGUCCACACAGUCACAAACAGAAGGAAGCACACAUGAAAGCAUGCACACAGCUGUGGGAUCGUCACCAAAAACUAGUCCACAAACCAGAUUGCCAUAUUUGAAGGCGUCUCCAGCAUUUCAGAAUGUUUUGAAGGAAGUUAAAAGAAAUGUAUCAGCUUCGCCAUCGAGCUUGUUUGACUUAAAAAACGAUGGUGAUGAUGAGAAGGAAAGUGACACAACACUGAGUAGUGCAAACUCAUCACAUGAGGAGAUCAACAACCCGGACAAGGAGAGCAUGGCGCUAGUAGAUGGUGAUGAUGCUAACAGGCUGAGUGGGGAGGACAGUUCUGAAGAAGACAAAUGGGAGAUUGUGGAAUCUGAGGGUGAACUUGAUAAUGACCUCGACCUUAAGUCCAGCAAGUUCUCGCUCAGCGCUAUCAAUGUCAAGUCCAUUAUACAUAAAAUUAUCACCAAUGAGAAUGUGGUAGAGAUGGUGAGGAAGGCUGUGCAGGAAGAAAUGGACGGGGCCAGUAUGGUGUAUGAGCCCAAACUGACCAGAGCCAAACUGAAGGAGUUUGAAGCCCAAGGACAGGUCCCUACAAAUUGGGGUCUCUCCCCAUCAAAGAAGCCCAGGAGGUCUCCCAACUUUCUGGAGAUGGAGUUACCAGAGGAUGAAGAGGAUGACGAGGACUUCAACCCAGAGAGGGCUGGGGCAGAGAGUGAUGAGGACAGUGAGAGCCUGGUGUCCUCCUCGUACCUCAGUGAGCUCGGCUCCCCCGCUCCCUCCACCCCCCUCACCACGCCCUCCACCCCCACCAUCAACUCAUCCAUAGCCUCCCAGGACCUCACACCCUCUGUGCAUGACUCGGACAGUCAGCAGAGUCUUUUAAGUCCUAUGGGCCCACCAUUGUUGAGUAACGUUCCAAAAUCACACCAUAAGCACAGUGUGCUGGGCCAAAAAUACCGGGACUCUUUGCAGAGGGAGUCUGAGGAGAUCAUUGCAUCAAGGACGCGUUCCAAGUAUCCCCUGAAGGACCAGUCCAUCUUUGACCUUGAGGCGAACUUUGUGGCACCUGAUAUUUCAGAAGACCUGUAUGACACGUCAUGUGACGACCAUGAGUGGAGGGAGUUCCUUACAGACUUCAUCAAGCUACAGCCUGACACGACCCUGACUUGCACACUGCUGGCCUCGUGUGGAGAGGAUGAGGAGGAGGAGGACCCAGAGUAUAACUUCCUGGAGGAAAAAGAGGACUACGAUCUCGAGGAUUUCAGGGACGAUAAAGCAGUCAAAGUCUCCAAGAAGGAAGUGACUCUGCUCCUUGAUGAGUUGUAUUCAAGUCUGGGUGACAAUGAUCCCCUGAACAACGAGGAAUACAAGAGGAACAUCAAGGUCCAGUCAGACAAGAUUCUGGUGGAGAGUACCAUUGAAAGCCAUCAGUCCUUGAUACUGGAAAUUGGGGACAAUGAGCGCCUGCAGAUUAAUGAUCAAAUGAGAAAGCAUGUCCAGUUACUUGCCCAGAUGUAUGUGAUGACUCAGAACAGCAUAGAGGAACACCAGCCCAUUGGCAAAGAGGCAAAGACCUACCUGUUUGAGCUGAGUGACUUCGCGGGCCGCUCGGAGGCCUUGUAUAGAGGUCAGACAGCCUUCAGGGCAUGCAACCUGGACUCAGCCAUCGCAGUGAUCAACAGGUUCGAGAGCAUACCGCUGCCACAGUUGGACCAGCAAAGGAUUGACUCGGCAGUAUUCACAUAUGAUAACCAGAGCUUGCCGCGCCUGCAUCUGAGGCAGAUGUACCUGAUGUGGGCCGACCCGACCUUUCUGUACCCGGACCUGCUGCCGCCCGGCGGACUCUUCAGGAGGGCCGAGCUCAAACGGGACAGGCAGAGGGUCAAGUUCCUGGAUUCUGAAGACAACUUGCUAGCGAUGGGACUGGCCCAGUUCAACAGUCUGAAGAAGGACAGAGAUUUCUACAUUCAGAAGUUCAUGCUACCUUCCAAGUCUGUCAAGCAGAUCCAGAUACGCAUCAAGAACCUCCGAGCCAAUGCAGCCAAGGACAACCCUGUUAAGUUUUUCAAGAAGUACAAGAUGCUGCCCACGUUCCCACAGUAUGCGCCUGUGUUCAGUCCAGACAUGAUCAAGGCUCCUAAAGACUCAGGAUUCCCCAUCAAUGAAAUGCCAGACUGGUGCAAGAUAUUUUGUCCGGAUGUGGACACAGAACUUGGUGUUAGAGACAUUCUACUGAAGAAACAGGAAAUGAAGAAGAAACGGAAGUCAAAGCUUGCUGCAGAUCUUAGUCAGCCAGAUAUCAGCGUGGAGCCCAUAUUGUGUGCUUCCAACACUAGCAGCCCAUGGAUGAAGUCUAGUGGGAGUUGUUCAUCUAGAUCAAGCACUCCAUCUUCUGUAGAGCUCAACAUUCAAAAGCCCAAGAAAAGACGCCAAUGUAGAAAACAGAAAACUCAGACAUCCAUUAAUAUGAUAACUGGAGGCCUGAAUGUAACUCCAGUAUGUGUAAUUAAUUGUGGCCAGAUUCCUCUGUCAGUUCAAGGCAUGGCCCCGUCUGUUCAGCUGAAUUUAAGCCAAGCGUCUUCAUUGGUGAAAUGUCCACUGCAGUCUGUCUCAAUUAUCUGCAGCUCCAAGAAUGCUCAUGAACAUGGCUUGGUAUUGCCUGCUUUCCAAGGACAAAUACAGCAUUCUCAGCAGACACCAUUAUUGUCACCUUUAACCAAUGGUAUUACAACUACUCGUCCAAUGACACCAAAUCUAACAUCUACCAUGUUUUCCAAUCCACAGUUAAGACCCCAAGCUUCUAAUUUGCUACCUCUGCAAGGUACAAACUUAUUGACGCCUAGUAACAGCUUUAGACUGCCAUCACCAUUGAUGGUUCACACACCUUCAUCUGGGCAGAUAUUAAAGUCCAGUCCAAGUUCAGAAAUCGUAUCUUCGACAGUUCAAUCUCCGUCUAGACCGACAAUCAUUGUGAUUCAUCAUGAUAACCCAGUGGUUUUGAGACAAUGUGUAUUGACUCAACAUGAAAACCCAGUGAUUUUUAGACCAAAUGUAGCGACUCAACGUAGCCUUGCACCAAAAAAUAAUGGCAUUAAUUCAGGUGGGUGCAGCACUCCCUCACAGCUAGCGACAUUAACGAAUUCAUGCACAUCCUCAUCUUCACUGACAAUGGUCUCUUCUGUGCGUGCCAUAUCAUCCAUGAAAUGUGCUGUUCCUAUCAAUUCUUUAACAGUUUCCAAAACACCUUUGACACCAUCAUAUGUUAGCUCAACAGUUUUUAAUGAUAGCCCUAACCCAACUUGUAUUACACCUGGUUCAACUGUGUUUACUGGCCCAUGUUCCAAUCCAGAUUCUUCUGACCAUGAUUGUGAUAAAGAACCAAUUCAAGCUACAUUUGAAGAUCUGUGCAAGUCUAUAGCAGAGGAUGAAAUGGCUGCAGAGGAUGAAAUGGCCUCUCAGAAUGAGCCAGAGAUAGAUUUGCUGGCCUCUCCCAUGAAGUUGUCUGCAAUCAGUAGGUCCCUCACUGGCAAAGGCUGCAAGUCACUGGAAGAAAUGGCACAGAUGUGUGAAAAGCAAUCUAAACUGGAAGUUUUGAAUGAGUAUUUGGAGAAGAAAAAUACUGCUGGGAAUAUUAAUAACAAAGAUGAUGCAAAGAGAGACUUGAAUUUUGAGCAAAUUAGAAACACAACUGUUAAAGUUCUUGAGGAAAGUGCAUGGAAAGCUUUGAAGUCUUUACCCAUCUCAAAUACACAAACCCAAGUGUCAAUCAUCGUCAACAUGGUUACUAGAACACCUGCUGUCAACGACAACCAAUCCACACCAAGCAUCAGAUCUGAAGAAAUGAAUAUCGUCGUAUCAGGAAAUAGCCAAAGAGCUACUGAUGAAAUUCAGUCAGAAAUCAUUACCUCAACCACACCAGAGCAGUCCCUGGACAAAACUGAUCAAGCCCAAGGAAGUUCUGUAGCAAGAUGUGUGUGUACACCGCCGCCGGAACUAACUGGAACCGAUGCCCCUUCAGAUUCCCUAAAUUCUGAAUCUGAGACUGGAAAGAGGCCUAAAACAGCCUUGGAAAUGGUUGCAAGUUUCGCUUCAUUGUUUUUUCCAUACACCAGCACUGUAGGCACUGUAACAAAGCAGCAGAGAAUUCUGGAAAAGACACCAACUAAAUCUGGCGAUUCUUUGAUUAGACUCGCUCCAAAUCCAGACACCUCUCCAGGAAUCCAGUUUGACCCGGCCAUAUUCAAACGAUCGCCAGCCUCCACUCCGAGGCGAAAACCGCGAAAAGUAAAAUCACCAAGAUCAACACCGCGCAAAAUUGCUCCUAAACCAAAUUUGCUACAGUCGCCACCACCAUUUCCUGGAAAACAAAGUGUUGUCAAGUCUCCGCCAUCAUUGCCUAGGAAACUUGCUCCUAAACCUCUACACAAUGGAACUGAGUUGGUUAAACCCAUUAUCAAAAAGACUCCUAAAUCUCCGAAAGCUUCAGCCUUUAGAUCACAACUGAAUCGCAAUGCCAGAGCAAUUCUUCCGAAAAACUUUGUUAUCACCAGUUUUGUAACAUCACCAGCUAAAAAAGCAGCAUCCUGUCUUGUGGAUAGAGCUAAAAACCAGCAUAACAGGGUUGACACGAACGGGUCAGCGGUAAGGAAGAAUUUAUCAGCUGAUAGUUUUGAUAGAAAGAACGAAAUGGUCGUGACUAUUGACAGCAGCUACAUGUAUGAGCUAGGUCUGGAUGAUGAAGAGGUGAAGAUGGACACUGAGAGUGAUGAGUACACGCAGAGUGAGGAUGAGGGGGACACACAGGGCACUGAAGGCGAGGAUGCUGUAGAUACCCAGGGCAGUGAUGAGGAUGAGGCUCAGUGUACGGAGGACGAGGAGAUGUUCUACAGCCAGGACGAAAGUCAGGAAGAGGAGGGGACAGACAGGGGGCCCCCAGCAGUCAGCCACACCCACAGGUUUGAGCCCACUCAGGACAGUGAGCUAGCGAAGGGACGGCUGGGAAGGAAGGAUCGUGAUAGGGACCUGACCUUGGCCCUGCUGGCUCCAGACAUCGUGGAGUCUGACCCGCAGCGUGACACGCGGGACACCCUGUUUGUGCAGAACUACCUGCAGCGGGUGAAGAAGGCCCUUCAGGAUGAUAUGGACACCCUGGAGAGGUUCCUGAAACUCAUGGCCGGCUUCAUCAAAAGUGACACCUCACCUGUCCAGCUGUACAUGAAGCUGCAGGAGGUGUUUGGUGGCUACCCCGACCUGUUGAGGGACUUUGCCUGCUUCCUCCAGCCAGACCAGGCCAGCAAGUGUGGCUGCUACAGGGAGUGUAUGGAGUUCCAUCACGCACGGCUCUUCCUGAGGAAACUGGAGAUCUACUUCAGCAAGAACCCAAACCAGUAUCAGAGAGUGGUUCGGAUCUUAGCUCGCUGGAACAAGAAAGUGGGUCACACAGAGACAGAGUUGAAGGAUCAGAUAGAGCCCCUCAUCAAGGGAAACAAGCACUUGAUGGAGGAGUUCUCAAGGUUUUACGUUAAUGAAAGGCCAUCGGAAAGUUUGAUGGAGGACUUUGAGGACAUCACGCUACAGGAGAGUGAAGGGGACUCCCCCCGGGUGUCCAGCUGUGAGGAGAUAUCACGUGUUGAUGUGGAGGACACAUUCGGCACCAAACGCUGCAGCUGUGACUGCCAUAGCUCAGGGGAUGACAUCUACAAGCAGAGAAAGAAACAUUGCUACCAGUGCUGUCUGACAGUGAUAGAUGGGGAAUUAGUGUAUAAAGUGAACAAGAGCACAAUAAAGAAAGUCAAUGUUACCUAUGGUCCAACCAUUAAAGCCAGCAGCCUUUUGACAAACCAGUCACCUGAAGAUCGACCUGAAAUCAAUCCUAUCAAGUUUGAGCAGAAUGGGGAACCAGACUUGAACUGUUGUGUGGGGAAUGAAACAACAACCAGGGAACCAACUGAUCAGGAAAGAAGUGAUGGGGACAAAGUUAGAGACCAACAUGGUCACCAGGAUGUAGAAAGAAAGGAAAGCAGUGGAUCUACUGUACUCGAGAAUGUGGUGCUCACAAAGGAAACAAUUGAGCCGAUGGAAACAUUUACAGAUCACGUCACAAAUUCUACUGGAAACCAAGCUAACGCAACUGUGGCAAAAGCACCGCCUGAAACUUCAGCUAAUGGCAGUGAUAAGGAGAUGACUUUUGACAACAAGGAAACAAAAGAAAGGUGUGAUGAACAGCGUGACACUCACAGAAAUGAAAAUGUUAGUGUUGCUAAAGUUACACCGGAAAGAAGUUUCAAUGUACCAGAGAGAGUUUUAAAUGACACGUCCUUAGCAAAUGACAUUUUGGCUGCUGCGUUUAACAAGGCUUUGUCAGGGGAGAUGUCAAUGGACUCGAUGAGUUUCAGUAAUCUGAUAUCGCCCGACGAGCAAACUGAGCGCAUUCUGCUUGAAAGUGAGGCCAGCGAAAAGCAGCCUGUGUUCUCUUUGUCCAAUUUCUUGGUCAACAAAGUAGAGGAUGAUGGGAAGAAGAAGCCAGCAGUGGCAGAAGCAGUAAGUGGCUUGAUUGGAGGCAGUACCUGGAAUGUGCCCACUGGGGACAGGGAAAUCAAGAUUUCAAACACCUCAUCGUUCUCCAAAAUAACACAGUCAUCUUUUGCGCACUCUGAUGUCGAACCACCAACAGUGCAAAGAAAGCGAAGUGAAUGUAAUUCACCCAAAGAGCAGGUCAUAAGUCUCAUCUCUUCCCAGAAAAUAUUGAAUCCAGACCUUAAUAACUCACAACCUUUCUCUCCAUUUGGCCAGGAGGUAGAGACAAUCACCGGGUCUUCAUCAGUGAUGAGUCCAGGGUUUUCCAGUCAGAUCCCUGCAGCAGUCAAGGGCGUGCGACGAAUCACUCCAAUCCCUGUGAAAGGGUCACUCAUGUCGGAGACAUCCUCAUCAUUCCAGGCUGCUCUUGAUAAUUCCCCAGUACUCCCUGAUAUGGUCACUAGUCCUCUGAGUCUGACAUACAGUGACAAGUCCAACAGUGAUACAGCCAUACCUUUCUCACUGAGUUCAAAGAGUGGAAGUCAGCAAAAUUUGAAUUCUGGUACACAUUUAUCAAUGAGCUCUGCAUUAAAAAGUUUGACAUCUUUUGAAUCUGACUCCGGAUUCAAGGCCUGCGACACAUCAAAGUCGGACACCAAGCAAGUUCAAGAGACAAAUGAUGUCCCAUCAGGUAUGGUAUUCAGCCAGCCCGCCAUUCACUCUGAGGAUGCAAAUGUUGGUUUUCCAGGACUUGCAGUGACCACCCAGCACAGUUCAGUACUCAUGUCUGACGAGAGCCUAUUCCAGUGCUUCGCCAAAUGUUCAGACACUCUGCACAGCGUUUCUAAUCUGACUAACAUGUUAAAUGUUUUGGAUGGUCACUCAAAUGACCUGCCAGCAACCUUAACCAACAAUUUAAUGGAUGUAAGUGUCUCUAAAAGUGUAAGUAAAUCAGCAAACAAUUCAGAAGAAACUGUGCAGCAUAGUGAUCAUAAGAGGGACAGCCCAUCCAAUGUUCAGGCCUGUAACAUUUCUGAGAACAAAUCUGAAGAAGUGAAUGAAGCUAACAAGAAUCAAGAAAGAAUGGAAGAAAAUUCAACAAGUGAUAGCCAGGGUGACAGCUCUUUCUCUAGUGACCAUGAAAAUACUCCCAGUGAUCUGAAUAGCCAGUAUUAUCCACAUUCUGUACAAAGUAUUGAAAACAUGGAGAGACUGACUCGUGGCCAGUUCUGGGUCUCUUCCCUGUCAGAUAGUGAUUCUAGUACUAGAACAACACCUUCAAGUAGCAUGACUGAUCUCAGUAAGAAACUUGAUGGAAAUUCUGCCAUUAAAGAUACCUGUAAUCUCCAAAGCAAAAUUCAGAAUACCAUUACUUGUAAAGGUAAAGACUCGGUUGAUAAUGUAUCCAAAACCAAGAAAGUUACAGAGAAACGUCAAAAAAUGUCUCGGCGUGAACUAAGAAAAUCUUUACACUCAGGGAGUAAGGAAAAUACCACAAUACCAGCUGAAGGUACUGUUUGUAACAAUGAGACUGGUGUGGUCUGUGCAGAUGACGAGGAGCAAGCUGUACGUGCAGUGGAAUACAAGAGUGAACAGCACAGGAAUGAUAAAAGUGCUUGUGCUGAACAUGUGGCAGAAGCAGGUACAAGUGAACAUGCCAUGAAUGAAUCAAGUGAUUAUCUUCCUGAUGUUAUUAAAAUAGAACCUGACAUUGAGGAAGCUGAUAAGGGAACAGAUGACAUGUCAAAAUCACGCUGCAAAAAGAAGUCUAAACAUAAAUCAAAGCACAAGUCAGGAAAAGAAAAGAAACAAAAAAGGAAAAGAAAAGAUUUUGAUGAUGAAGACAAGGGCUCUUCAAAAAGGAAAAAGAUCGCCUCUGACAAAGCUGUAGAAACUUCCAGUGAUGCUGAUGAUAUUAUAAAAGGAAACAUUAAAGAAAAGCAGAGUGGAUCCUCCUUGCAGACAGCAUCUCCAUCAUUGGCAGAGCCUGUCUGGUCCAAGGAGACCGAUAAAACUAUUCUUGAAAUGUGCAAGAUGCAUGGAAUUAAGGACAAGACAUUCCAGAAAAUAGCACAGACUCUUGGGAAAGUAACAGAGAUGCAGGUGCGAGAGAGAUUUGCUCACCUGUACAAGUUGAUAUUUGGCAUACCCUAUAAGGAAACGGAGGAUGAGUCCAUAUAAGGGAAUACCUGAGACAAAUUGAGGGUUAUCCAUCUACAGCAGGCAACCUGGUCUAGUCACUGGCUGUAGAAAGGCUGGACUUCAUUGUGCAUUUAAAAAAGAACAGACGUCUGUUGUUGCAAACUGUGUUUGUUGAAGAUUUACCUAAGAAGUGGUGGUUCUAAACCAAAUAGUGAGUUGUCAGAUGUUUUCAACUCUGUGGCAGAGUCUUGAACUGUUGUCCUUAAGAGAGAUAUUCAUUUUGAGCUCUAUUGGCAGAAGGCCUGAAGAGCUUAUGUCAUGGCGUGGUUUCCGUCGUCCGUCUGUGCGUUAUACUUUUUCUUGUUUACGCGAUAAAGUCCACAGUUUUCAUCCGAUUCUUUUCAAACUAGUUCAGUGUCUUUAUAUUAAUGAGGACUCGAACCCUAUUGAAAAUGGGUUACAUCAGAGUAAAAAGUCCAGAAUUAUCUCCCCUUGAAUUUGAGAAAAUUGUGAAAUAAGGCUUGUUUACACAAUAAAGUCCACAGUUUUCAUUCAAUCAUUUCCCAACUUGCACAGUGUCUUUAUCUGAAUGAUGAGUCAAACCCUAUCGGAGCUAUAAGUCCAGAAUUAUCUCCCCUUGAAUAUGAGAAAAAAAUGAAAAUCUUUAUCAUUUUGACAUAAAUUUUGCAAUAUUGAAGAUAGCAAGUUCAUAUUUGGCAUGCAUGUGUAUCUCAUGGAGCUGCACAUUUUGAGUGGUGAAAGGUCAAGGUGAUCCUUCAAGGUAAAAAAAAAAAAUCAAAGCUGCGCAGAAGGGGACAUAGUGUUUCCGACAAACACAUUUCUUGUUUGUUUGCAUAUAAAGUUCUAUCCUUUUGAAACUUCAACGGAUGUUUUAUAUCAUCAAGGGCCAGAACCUCAUGUGGGCCUCUUGUUAAUUUAACUUAGCUGUUUUGAGUUAAUUGUGUAAGUGUUGUAAGUUAAUCAUGACCAAUAUCCUAUGCUAUAUUUGGUUUGAAUAGUGUGUUUGCACACUUCAUUUCAAAUGUUCAAACCCGUUUUUGCAUGGUAGUACUAUGAUAAUGUCCUUUUGUGCAAUAUACGUCUUUAAAAUUGUAUUUAUGUUCACCAAUUUCAUCCUUCCUGCAUUCUACUUUAUGACAUUGAAUUAUUGUUUAUCAAGAGGUUAAACAAAUUAUUGUAGGAGCUUACUGCGGUUGAUGACAUCUCUGUGUGUAUUCAAUAGUAUGUGUUAUCAUUUUUGAAAUCCUAAGCAUCAUUGUGCUAUAUGUUGCUACAUGUAUAUAGUUCAAGCGUCUUGUAAAUUCUGUAUGAUUUGAUUAUGAACUAUCGUUAAGAACUUGCUUAAUGUUAUUUAUUGUGUUUUUUUUAGUUUGGUUCUACAUAUUGACAACUGCAAAAUUGAGUAAAUUGGUAACUGGUACUUCUUUUGGUACCAAAUAGAUAUAUGAAAAUAAGUUUUACUUUUUAUGUGCAGAAAAAUUACAUGUGUCGGUUCUUGAUAAUUGAGAAAAUUGAUAAACAAUUCUUGAGAUAAGUUAUUGGGUAAACAUUUAUAUUUAUUAUGCAUGUUGUUGUAAAUAAAUAAUAAUGUAUCAAAA